CUUCCAUGCCAUCAGGAAUAUUUAUUCAUCGUCAACCGGUUAGUGAGUUUGGUUCUUGGUACCGGCAUCUUAGCUCGUCGCGCGGGAACUUCAAUUUUUUCUAGAAAUUUAUAGGAUUAUUAAUUAGUUACUAAAAGUGAGAAAUUUUUAAGAUGGCUUCAAAAGUCCCAAAUGUAACACUGAAUACUGGCAAGCUAAUGCCAAUUAUUGGAUUAGGAACAUGGGGGUCACCAAAGGGAGAAGUAGCUGCUGCUGUGAAGCAUGCAUUCGACGUGGGCUAUCGCCACAUCGACUGCGCUCAUCUCUACGAGAACGAACAUGAAGUUGGGGAAGCAAUUGCUGCUAAAAUUGCAGAUGGCACUAUCAAGCGAGAAGAUAUUUUCAUCACCAGUAAAUUAUGGAAUACAUUCCACAGCCCCGAAUUGGUCAAACCAGCCUGUGAGAUCAGCUUGAAAAACUUGGGGUUGAAAUAUUUGGAUCUGUAUCUCAUCCACUGGCCCAUGGGCUAUAAAGAAGGUGGAGCAUUGUUCCCAAGGGAUGCAAACAAUAAACUGCAAUAUUCAGAUGCCAGUUUUCUGGAUACAUGGAAAGCUAUGGAGAAAUUAGUUGAUGAAGGAUUAGUCAAGUCCAUUGGCAUUUCUAAUUUCAAUAAGAAGCAAACAGAAAGCAUUCUGGCUAUUUGCCGCAUUAAGCCAGCUAUUAAUCAAGUCGAAUGCCAUCCGUAUUUGAACCAAAGCAAACUGAUAGAAUAUUCCAAUUCUAAAGGCAUUGCUAUUACUGCUUACAGUCCUUUGGGAUCACCCACCCGUCCUUGGGCGAAGCCAGAAGAUCCAAGCUUGUUGGAAGAACCAAAAAUUGUAGAAAUUGCCAAGGCGUACAACAAAACCCCCGCCCAGAUUCUUAUUCGUUAUCAAAUCGAUCGUGGUGUUAUUGUUAUUCCGAAAUCAGUUACAGCAAGUCGUAUUACAUCUAACUUCGAUGUAUUUGAUUUCAAACUAACUAAAGAAAAUAUUGCUACAAUUGAUUCAUUUAAUAAUAAUCACCGUUUUGUACCUUCAACAGAAACCAUAGACCAUAAAGAUUUCCCCUUCGCUGAUGAAUAUUAAUUUGUUAUGAAAAGAUGCUUCAUUAACAUUUGGGACCGACGGGGAAGUGUGUUUUGGUAUUGAUUAUCAGUUUACGAAUUGAAUAAACCGAAUCUCAGACAUAACAAUGAAGAGAAUAAUCUAAUGGAAAAUUACUGUCAAAGGCACAUUAUGGGUAAUCGCUUGGCGUUUGUACAAAUUUGUUCAACUCAUCUUGUUGGAUGUUGUUUUGUUAAUAAAAGAAAGUAUUAUUAUAAUGUAA